UUUUAAUGUUGUCGUUUUUACUCUCAUUAUCCUAUCUGCUGUCGUUUUUUUUCCUCCCUCCUAAGACGUCUCCUCUGAACUCUCACUCUCUUCGUUUCUUCCAUUUACUCUCUCACUCUCACAGUCUCGACUGCGGCCGCUCCAGCUCUCUCCUCAGUCCUCCUCGCACGUCCGCCCUAACACCCACCUCACCUGUGACGCUUCUCACCAAUCGGCGCAUAUAAAUUCGUGUUUCUUUUCCCGUCUCCACAAACCUUUUCAUUUUCACACACAAACACACCCAAACCACGCCAAACCAAACCAGAGCCCCGGCGUUUUCAUUUCUUGGUCUUCUUCUUUUCUCUUCGACGAUUUUCCAUCUUUUCGUCAGAUGUCGAUGAUGUCUCGAUCCAUCAUCCAAAUUUCUCGAGAUGGCUUGAUCUCGAUGUUGACUCGAUCAUAUGCUACAAGGUCCCCGUUUUGGCACUUUUAUGAAUGGCAAAAAAUGCGCUCCCAACAACCCCUGAAAAAUGAGUAUGAAGAAGAAUUUUUGAAGGUGUUUCCUUCGGGGAUAGUGUACUUACCAAUGGAGGAUGGCCGCUCGGAUUUUAAUGAAGAAGAAAAAAGAGUGCUGGAACGUUAUUUCAAAUCUUAUCCUCAAAGAUGCGGGGGCUCAAGGAGAAUGAUCGUGAGAGAGAACUUGAAGGAAGAAAACUGCAAGGAAGUUGAACCCUCUAGGGUCACAGAAGCGGGAGCAGUUUUGGCACUUGAGAAAAAUAAUUAACAAAAAAGUGGUAAUAAUACUCGUGUUGAUUUGUCAACUACAAAAAGUAUUCUUGUGGAUUAACAUCCAGUAGACUUUUUGGGCGGUGAAAUUUGACUUUAGUUUUGUUUUGCUUUGCUUUUCUUCUUUUAUUUUUUGUUUCUUUUAGGGCGAUUGACAAUCGGAAAAGUUGUGGUAUAGACAGUGUUCAUUGUGUUGAUAAGUUAUAAGUUUGGUUUCUAAGUUACGUGUUAUGUGGUUUAAACUUAAAGUAUGUGGUUUCUGCUAGUUUUUAUUUGUUUUUCUUUGCUCUAAGGAGUUGCUUAUAUUAAAUUGAUGAU